AAGAAGAAGAAGAAGACGGAGAAACGUUUUUACGUAACCCGGAUGUAGCGGCUCACAGCGAUCAACAACGUGUUUCAAGUUUCAGAAAACAGACGCAGUCAUCAUGACAUCUUUGGCCCACCAGCUGAAGAGGCUCGCCCUGCCUCAGAGUGAUCCAAAUCUUCUGACUCGCAAGGAGGUUGCCUCCCUGCUCUUUGACCCCAAAGAUGCUGCUUCUAUGGACAGAAGCACCUUCUACGCUCUUGGCUGCACAGGGCUGGAGGAGCUGAUGGGAAUCGAACCAGCAUUCUUGGAGUUCCAGGACACACUGUUCAGCAGGUUCUCGCUGACCAUGGAGAGGAGCGUGCAGUCCAAGGAGGUUAACCUGAAGCUGGACGCCGACAUCUCGCUCUUCCUCACUCGCCUUUGUCCAUAUUUCCUCCUCAAGCCGGCUCACAAGUGCAUCGAGUGGCUGGUUCACCGCUUCCAUGUCCAGCUGUACAAUACAGACAGCCUGUUGGCGUGCGCGCUGCCGUAUCACGACACCAACGUGUUUGUCCGAGUGCUGCAGCUUCUCAAGAUCAAAGACCCCACAAGUCGCUGGAGCUGGCUGCACCCCCUGCAGAAAGCAGGUGUGCCAUUGGCCAGAGGAACGCUCAUCACUCACUGCUACAGCGACUUGAGCUUCAUGGACUUCAUCUGCACCCUGGUCACCAGGACCAUCCAGGCGUAUUCUGGACACUCUGAAACUGGAUCACAGCUUCGAGUGAUCUUCUCCUUCUACAUCUCCACCAUCGUUCCUUCUCUGGACGCUGUGGACAAAGUCUCAGACACCAUCGUAGCCAAGCUGCUGCCGUACAUUCAGAAGGGUCUGAAGUCCUGUCUGGUGGAUUACAAAGCCGCCACCUACAUGAUUGUGUGCCAGCUUGCGGUGAAGGUGGUGAUGGAGGCGGGUCUGGUUGACGUAGUCGCUGUGCACAUCAGCAAGUCUUUAGUGAAGGAACCAGUGCUGGCCAAGGAGGGCGUGGCCUCUCUCAUCGUCCUGCUGCAGAACCAGAAGGACGGUGCUGCCGGACCCAGAGCGUUCAUCCAGCUGUGCUCCAUGCCGGCGCUUGUUAUGACACUCCAGAUCAUGGCGACGGGUCAUGAUGUCAGUCCACUGUUGCGCUACCUGCUGCCUCAUGUGAUCCGGGCUGUGUUCUCCACCUGUCCAGAUCAGGAAGAUCAUCAGGAGGCAGCGCUGUUGAAGUCCAUACUGCAGUCUGUCCCUCUGACCAAAGAUCUGGACCACGUUGUUGCCCGUUUGCUGCUGGAUGAGUAUCUGAGUCAGACUGAACUCUGUGAAGAAAAUCUCUGCACUCUCAACCAGCGUCUGUCGCCUCUGGUUCAACUCUUCGAGUCCAAGUACUGUGGUGCUCUGGACACGGUCCUAACAGCUGUCGUGACCAACGGCAUGGGCUCGGAGCAGAAACGCCUCUUCCACCAAUUCCUGUCUCUGUCAUUGAGCAGCGGAAAAUACCAGAUCUUGGGUGAGUCGGACACGUCGCUACUACUCAGUCUGAAUCACCCUCAGCCUGUAGUCCGAGCGCUGGCAGUGGACCGCCUUAUGAACAUCGUCAUCUGCGGUCAGCAGCAGCUUUUGGAUGAGGCCUUCCUGAAGGACGCCGUUUUGGACCGUUUAAAGGAUGACGUGCCCGAGGUCGUUUCUGCUGCCCUCAAAGUGCUGGAGGUUUUACUCGACGUUUUGGACGCAGAAGAUGCCGCGUCAUGUUUGCUGUCAGUGUUAUGUAAAGCAGAUCUGCCCGAGGCAGAGCACUGGCUCUCUGUGCUGAUGGAGGCGGUGCGUUUGCUGUCUCAUCCCUCGCUGGGAAAGGGGAGCUCUGAGCUGGUCCACAGGCUGGCCUGGAAGCUCUUACCUUUCUCUGUGAUCACCACUGCCCGGCUUGACUCCGCCCAGUUCCGCAUAGCCACCUAUGUCUCCCGCACCGCUGUCUUGGCCCAGCACCCACUCACCCUGGACUGGGCUCAAGAACUUGAACAAGUGAUGAAGAAAAGCUGUGAACCAAACUUUGUGAUGUUGGCCAAUCAGGUUCUCAUCUCCACGCUGACCAGGAAUCUGUCAAAGGUGGAUCACUUCUCCAAACGGGACAUUCUGGAGAAGUUGGUCCUGGUAGUGGAGCAGCAGCAGGGCUCAGACCUCCGGCAGAGGACCUCUUUCUUGGUUCUGACUCAAACCCUGCUGCUCAGUUUGCGAGAGCUGAACCAGACCCAGCACCUGCUCAUUGCUCAGAGGAUCUUCUCUCUGCUUGAGCGCCCCCUGGUGGAGUUCAUUAAGCAUGAUCACGACAAUGCGCAGGAAGCUGUCAAUCUUGUGUCUGUCUCUGCCUCUUUCUGUGACACCCUGGCUGUGUACCUGCACAGGUGUGAACAGCAGCCAGGUGAGACGCUGGACAGCGAGUACACUGCCGUCCUCAUCGCCCUACUCAAAGACUUCAUCACCUUCCUCAGGUGCCACGACACCUCCUUCAAAGCUGAAGCAUGGUGGAACCCGGAGAAAAUGGACACCAACACCUGCUGUUAUCUGGGUUUGAUCUGCCGCAUCUUCAGCAUCAUCAUCAGUGGCACCGGCCACGGGCCGAUGGCCGUCUGCUACAGAGAGCUCAUGAGAUUGCUGGUGCAGGUCCACCUGCAAGAACCACUGACACUCUUCAAGUUCCUGUGCUUGCUGUGGGGUUAUGGCAGUAACCCUGGAGACCAGCUGGACAUAAAGGUUGAUGUUGUGCUGCAGACUCAGGCACUGUAUGUGGGCGGAGCUCUGCUUGGCGCCCAGUCCCCGGCCACGCUCUCUGAACUGGCUGCAGCCAACUCGCCAGUGGUCCCGUCCUUGCUCGGAUGUCUCAGUUCUCCCAUUCGUGACGUCAGGAGGGCGGCUCUCAGGGCUCUGCAGAGUCUGUCAGCUGCAAGCUCCCCCCACUUCCAGCCAAUCAUACAGAGGCUUGUAAAGAACACGGAGGAGAUCAUCGCUGAUCCUUCAUACCUCAGCAUGGUCUUUGGCGUGCUGCAUGAUGAGCAGAAGAAGAAGAAGAAGAAGAACUCGUCGAUUCAGCAGGUGCUUCAGAGCAUCCAGAUAACCAGCUGUCCGUCCUAUAGCGCCGCCUGUCUGCUGAGAGCCCUGAGCCAAGUCAGAGAACAGUCGGUCCUGUCCGCCCUGCUGCCCGUCUUGGCCCGGCUCUUGGAACAGAGUGGCCCAGAGAGUCCAACCCUUCUGUGCUCCGAGGCCCAGCUGAUAAACCUCAUCCUGGGGAAGUACGACGAUGCUUCAGGCCCCCUGCUAGCGACGGACCCGGCCUGUCUUGAUCUCUUCCUGCGAGCAUUAAGAACUUCAGCCCAGUCCUACCCGCACAUCGCCAGCUGCCAGAUCACUGCACUGGAACAGAUCACCAAAGCAUUUUUCUCUGCUGUCGGAAACGAGGAGGUCCAGCAGAAGCUGCUCACUGCAAUGAUCGACCUGCUGCUGGAGAGCAAGAAUCCGCUCGUCGCCAACACCGUCAGCAGCGUCUUCAAAGGACUCGCUGUUGACUGUCAACUGUUGGCCAAUGAACUUGCUCCACCAGCAAAACCCAAAGUGAGUGUGAGCGUGCAGCAGACCCGCCGAAACAAACUGCUCCAAAGGAAAACUCAGGACAGUGGCAACAGUGUUCCAGAGGGUGGCACUGUGCCGUGGCAGCGGGUUAAUCUCAUCCUUGAGCUGGUGCAACACAAGAAGAAGUUGAAGAGAGCCGAGUUGCUGGUUCCGGUUCUGUUCUCGCUGCUCAGCAGGAGUCUGGAGUCUGAUGACCGGGACUUGGAGUACAGCAAGCAGUUGCUGCUCAGCUGUCUGCUCAAUAUAUGCAACAAGGUGUCUCCAGAUGUUCUGGAUGAAGACAAGUUCAGCGUGGAGCUGGUGGUUCAAUGCAUCCGAACGUCCGACACACCUCAAACUCACCAUCAGGCGCUGCUGCUCCUGGGCGUCAUGGCCACCAUCUUCCCCGAAAAAGUGCUGCAUAACAUCAUGUCAAUCUUCACCUUCAUGGGCGCCAGCGUCCUGCGUCUGGACGAUGCCUACAGCUUCCGGGUCAUCGACAGGACGGUUCAGAUGGUCAUACCUGCUCUGAUCAAGGCUCACCAGUCGGCUGACGGACAGCCAUCAUCUCACCUCGAUACCGUGGUGACCAGAAUCAUGCAGGUGUUCACAGACGCGCUGCCCCACAUGCCUGAACACCGGCGACUUCCUGUCCUCGCUCAGCUGGUGACCACCCUCGGCCCGGCCCAAUACCUCUGGGUCCUAAUGCUCCUCCAGUUUAAGCUCCACGCCACUCAGGUCGGCGGCUCCGUGAACGAGAAGGAUGCAGCUCUGGAGAGAGAUGUGGACUUCUGGAUUGGUCUUUGCUGUCAGUUUGAGGUGUCAGACCAGCUAGCGUCCCUCAUCCACAUCUUGGUCUUCCUCCUGCAGCUUCCACAGGACAAAGAUGAGGUUCCAUUGAAGUCCUCCACCAGCCGAGGACGAUCGGAGAAGAAGAAAGAGGAGAAGAUGGAGGAUCUGAUCUUCAGCGUGGAGGCCCACAGCAGCAAAGAGCUGCGACACUUGAAGUUCCUCGGCGUUUCCUUCGUGGCUCAGCUUCUGGGCUCAGUCAGCUUCAUUGGAAAGGUGGCAGGCGGCACAGAUGAUGAUGAUGAAUCUGUCCAGCAGCUGCAGCAAAGGCUGCUGGAGGAAAUCCUACAUUUUAUCCGGGUCGCGGCUCGUUGUGCAGAAGAGAAUGCGAACAAACCCACCGCCAAGUUCUGGAAAGUUCUGCUCAACAAAUCCUACGAUGCUCUCAAUAAGGCCAACGCCCUGUUGCCCGCGGAUACCUUCAUCACUGUGAUGAGAGGGUUGAUGGGAAAUGAACUGGCUUCGAUUAGGAGAAAAGCCAUGGAGCUGCUCAACAGCACCCUACAGCACAAGAAGCAGUGGGAAGAGCCACAAGUCACUGCACUCUUACAGUUAACGGGCGACCUGCUAGGCAUCAUAACGAAAGCUCAGGGUAAGGUCGCGAAGGAAGAGGAAGUGGAGCAUGCCAUCAACCGUCAGACGGCGCUGUACAGCCUGAAGCUGCUCUGCCGUCAUUUCGGCGCCAGUCACCAGGAUGUGUUUGUUCCCGUCCUGCUGCAAAGCUUAGAGCUCAUCACGUGCGCCACAGAAGAUAAAAACGUGACAGGCAGCGCUCUGCUCUGCAUCGCUGAGGUGGUGAUGACGCUCAAAGCCCUCGCCAUCCCACACUUACCCAGACUGAUGCCAGUGGUUCUACACACACUGGGAAACAGGAAGCAGCUGCUAACCAAUGAGAUCUACCUGUUAAGUGCUUUGACCGCCCUCCAGCGCAUUGUAGAGACGUUGACACACUUCAUCAGCCCCUACCUCCAAGAAACUGUCCUACAGGUGUGUCGGCUCACCUGUCUGGUAGGUGACCCUGCCGCUGUGUCAUCUUCCUCCUCUGUCACCGCCCAGUUGUCAGUGUGUGUCACCUCCCUGAGAAACACCCUGGCCACCAAGCUGCCCUCCAGGGUUCUACUGGCCACCUUGACUAAGUGCUACAGCAGCCUGGUCACCAAUAAGACAAAUCAGGUCGGGGCGCUGAUGAGCUUUCUGAAGGAGCACAUCAGUCACAUGGACAAAGAUCAGCUCAGCGUCCACCAAUCAGAGCUCACCACUUUCUUCCUCACCGCCUUGGACUUCCGCGCCGAAAACUGUCAGGGCAACCUGCAGACGACGGCGGAGAUGGAGUUUUGUGUUAUCGACUGUCUGCUCGCAAUGGUGAUGAAACUGUCCGAGGUCACGUUCAGACUGCUGUUCUUCAAGCUGUUUGACUGGAGCAAGUCGGAGUCAAACUCGAAGGAGCGUUUGCUGACGUUCUACCGUCUGGCCGACAGCAUCGCCGAGCGCCUCAAAGGACUGUUCGUCCUCUUCGCGGGACACCUGGUGAAACCUUUGGCAGACGUCCUUCAGCAGACCAACGUCUCCAAGACAGAUGAGUCGCUGUUUGAAGGUGAUGGCGGUGUGGAGAAAAGCUGCCUGCUGCUUCAGUACGUUCUGGACUGUCUGUACAAGAUCUUCCUGUACGACAGCCAGCGCUUCCUCAGCAAGGAGCGAGCCGAUACCCUGCUGGGCCCGCUGGUGGACCAGUUGGAGAACACUUUAGGUGAAGACCUGGUCUACCAGCAGAGGGUCAGCCAGCAACUGGUACCCUGCAUUGCUCAGUUCUCUGUGGCCAUGGCUGAUGACGCCGCGUGGAAGACACUCAACUACCAGGUCCUUCUGAAGACCAGACACACCUCAGCCAAGGUGCGUUUCUCAUCGCUGCUGGUGUUGAAGGAGCUUGCCGCCAAACUGAAGGAGAACUACAUGGUGCUGCUGCCAGAGACGAUCCCGUUCCUCGCCGAGUUGAUGGAGGAUGAGUGUGAAGAAGUGGAGCAGCAGGUCCAGACGGUGUUGCGGGAGAUGGAGAACAUUUUGGGAGAACCUCUGCAGAGCUAUUUCUGACCCUACAGAUCCAUGGCAUUUUUAAACAGGAAGUCAUUUUUUGCAUAAUGAGCCCCCCCUACAUAAAACAAUAAACCUGACAUUCAGCUGUUUUUUGUUGUUUUUUUCUGGAGGAGAUUUAAGCUCAUGUGAUGUGUUAAAGGUCACUCUGGGGUUUCUGCGUUCGCUUACAUUAGGGCCCCUUCACACAUAGUACGAAUAAGUACAACUCAGGGUGACUCACGGCGGAACAGCUCGU